UGAAGCCGGCUGAUAUCGCAACCCGGAAGUACGUCACGAGCAAUCCAAACACACCGCCAUAUAAUAUAUGUUACUGACAGAGCUGAAGAGGUAAUACCGAAAGAUGCAGGAGACUCAUGAUGACCUUCCUAGCCCACUACAGCAGAUGGAGUCAGACAUUGACAGCUACCAGACGCGGCUGGACUACCUCAGCACCAAGCGGGACAGGGUGGAGGAGGAGCUGGAGCACAUCCUUGAGACGACGCAGGAGGUUUUGCAGAGAAAGAAGGAAGACCUUGUAGAGAGGCUCAAUGACAUCUUCUGCACCGAGAGAGAGAAGCUGCUUCUGGAUAUCAGGGAUAAAGAGGCAUCGGUUAUUGAAACCAGACAUGCUGCUGACCAUAUCCAAGAACUGACGCGGUCAGGUUCUCUGGAGGAAGCAACACAAGCCGAAAGAUCGUUGACACAGAAGCGUGUACAAAUUGGGGUAGCAUACGAUGAAGAGCAACCAAGAUUGAUUGACCUAAACCUCAGUGUCAACUUUGGGGAGUUAAUGAGAACUGUGAAUAAUUUGCCGUUUGGAGAUGUAGAUGCUGUCUACGAUGAUCGAGGCGUGAGUGUGAUGAAACGCUACUUGAGUUCCUCCUCCCCCGAUUCUCCUACCGACUGCUGUGAUGAACCCUUCGUCGGGAGGACUAUCCAGACAAGCAUUCUUCCUACGAAGGUAGAAGGCGACAAGACGAAUCCGAAACUGAACGACAUCGCUGUUGUGAACGUGGAGUUAAUCUUUGUCGUUGUGGUCACAGACAGGUCCAACAAAUGCGUCAAAUCGUUUUACAAACGGGAAGACCUUUCGUUUUACAGUCGCGAAUCCACGCCAACUCAACCAAGAGGGGUAGCUAAAGUAGGCAAUGGCAAAGUCGGCGUCACCCUUCCAGAUUCUAGGAUAAUCAGGAUCUACAAAAUAACCCCUACCCUAAAACGAGACAAGGAUAUUAAAACUUCAAAAGGCUACAGAGGUAUUGGCAUGCUGGAUUCAGAAACCUUGGCAGUGAGUACGUACAAGAUAUUCCCAGGCUCAGUGGACAUUGUGGACUACAAAGGGAAUAUUCUCCACUCUAUCGAUAAGGAUAGACAGGGUGACCAUCUUUUUGACUAUCCCUUCUAUUUAUGUACAACACCUGAACGAAACAUUAUCACGUCAGACUGUGAACGGAAGAUGAUCACGUGCCUGACGGUGUCUGGCGAUGUCAUCUUCAAGUACCAUGGGAAGGGCGACGUGCCCAUUCAGUACCCAAUGGGGGUUGCGCUGGAUAUGUUAGGAGAUAUUUUGGUUGUGGAUUGUGACAAUCAUAAGAUUGUGAAAAUCUUUGAAGAUGGGAAUGCUGCUAAAGAGUACCUGGUAAAGGCGGACGGAAUAACUGGCCCAUACAGCAUUGACAUCGAUGCCAAUGGAGUUGUGUACGUAGCUCAAUGGAACGGAGAUAUCAAGAUAUUCAACAUUAGCUGUUCGUGAAAGUUCGAAGGAAAUGUCACAUAUUGCAACUUAACGGACAGGUGGUACAUUGGUAUGUGGGCUGGUGGAAUAGCCCAGGGGUCAAAGUAAUCGCUCGUCAAGCCGAAGGCCCAGGUUCGAUUUCCAGUAUGGAACUAUGUCUGUCCAUUUCUGGUGUCCACUUCGUAAUAUUGCUGGAGUACUGCUAAAUGCAGAAUAAAACAAAAUUCACUCACUCACUCUUUGCUUUGUCUUUGACGUAAGUUUAUCAUGAAAUGGUGAGGUGAAAUGGGGCUUCACGUCGCGUCCAAGAUUAUUGCA